AUGAAUGUCUAUACUUCUCAGCCAAUCACGGGUCCUACAGGACCGGCCGGGCCUGGGGUUGGAGCAACGACACAUUCAUCAGGUCUGACUGCAGUUACAGCUAGUACAGGUUUAGAGGGAAAUGCGGUGGAAACUACCACACAUGCCUCAUACGUAGGCUCCACUGCGCCAACUACAAGAGGACCUACCCAUGUCCCUAGUUCUACCGUGGCGCUCACAAAUCGACCAACGGCAGUAGUAAGUUCUUCUGAAGAAGUAAUAACUGCACCUGCCACAUCAGUAAGUUCUGCUGGGUCAGCAGCUAGUGCAAAACCCCACACAAUUAGCUCCACCAUAUCAACAGCAUAUGGGCAAAACCAGCCAGCACCUACUAUUGAAGCACCCACAAACGAAUCACCAGCAAUCGGAAGCCCCUCGAAAACACCGACGACUGCUCCGAAUGCCUCAGCUAGUUCUAGUGGAUCAGCAAUAAAUGGAGCAGCCCACACAACAAAUACCACAAAUUCUGCAACAAGUGCAAAAAACCAAGCAACAAGUUCUACUCAGUCACCGACGAAUGCUCCACCACAAAGGGUGAGCUCCACAGAAAAACCAGCAACUGUACGAGUCACAUCAGAAAGUUCUGCUGAAUUAGCUGGUAGUCACUCAACCCAUACAACCAGCUCAAUGGCUGGAGCAGCAAACGGACAAAGUCAGGUAAAAAAUACAACCGAAGUAACCGGACUGAUAACUGCAGCAGCAACCCCAGCCUCCUCCAUUGGCUCAACUAUACAAGGAACAGCCCAAAAAACAGGUUCUAUUGAAACUGCCACAACUGCAAGAAACCAAGCGGCAAGAUCGACAAGGACCUCCACAAAUGCGUCAACACUAGUGGCGAGCUUCUCGGAAAAACCAACAACUGCAAAAGUCAUUUCAGCAGAUACUACAGGAUCGGCGACAAAAGGGACUGACCAGAGCACAAGUUUAAAUGCAACAGUUACAAAUACACAAGAACAUCACAUAAAUUCCACUGAAACUCACACCAGUGCCUCACCAGUAGCUACAAGUUCCUCAAAACAACCGAUUAUUGCUCCUGUCACAUCAACUGGUUCUGGUGGAUCACCAGCUAGUGGAUCCAACCCGACAAACAGCUCGGUCGUAACAGCCGCAAAUGGACAAAGAUAUCCAGGAAAUUCAACUGAAGAACACACCAAUGCUUCAACACAAGCUGGGAGAUUCCCGAAACAACCGACAUUAACAACAGUCACCCCGGUCAUUUCUACAAGUUCUCAAACGUUCACAAACGCACCACCGCAAGUGGCAAGUGGCACGGAAAAACAAAAUAAUGCGCCAGUGAUAUCAGUGUGUUCUAGUGCGUCAGCGACAAAAGAACCUGAUCACACGACAAGUCGCACAGAAGCACUAUCAAACGCACAAAAACAGCUAGCAAAUUCUACUGAAGCACACACAAAUGCAUCACUUCCAGUUACGACAACCUCAAAAGAAUCGGCAACUGCACCAACAAUAUCAGUGAGUUCUGUUAGACCAGCAGCUAUUGGGUCAACUCUGAUAAGUAGCCCCAUCAUAACAGCCGCUAAUGGACACAAGCAGGUAGCAAGCUCUACUCAGAGAUCCACAGGUGCUACAUCACCAGUGUUGAGUUCAACAGAAAAUCAAACAUCUGUGCCAGUCGUAUCAGCAGUUUCUAUUGGAUCAGCUACAAAAGUGCCUGACCAGGCACUAGGUUUCACUGGAGCAGUUCCAGACACAGAAAAUCAACGACCAAAUUCCACUGAACGUAGCACAAAUUCGUCACCAUCAGUCACAAGCUCCUCAAAACAACCGAUAUUUGCUCCUAUCAUACCGGCUGGUUCUUCUGGAUCAUCAGCUAGUGGACCAACUCCGAUAAACAGCUCCAUCACAACAGCCGCAAAUGGACACAAACAGCAAGCAAGUUUUACUCAGACAACCACAAAUGCUCCAUCACUGGCAGAGACCUCCUUAGAAAAACAGCCAACUGCACCAGUCAUAUCAGCGAGUUCUAUGGGAUCAACUACGAAAAGGCCUGGCCAGACGACAAGUCUCACCGAAGCAGCCUCAAACUCACAAAGGCCGGGGGGAAAUAAUACUGAAGCACCAACCAAUCCAUUACCAACAGUUCUAAGUUCCUCAAAAGAACCGAUAUCGGCGCCUGUCAUAUCAGCUGAAUCUUCUCAACCAGUAGCUAGUGGAACAACCCACACAACCAGUUCAGUUCCUUCACCUGCAAAUGCACAAAAACAUGUGGUAAGUUCUGUACAAAGAUCCACAAGUGCUCCACCACCAGUUGUGAGUUCCUCAGAAAGACAAACAAUUGAACCAGUCGUAUCAGCAAGUUCUGCUGUAUUAGCAACAAAAAAACCUGACCAGGCGACCACUUUCACAGGAGCAGCACCAAAUGCGCAAAAGCAACGAGCAAAUUCUACUGAUGCAUACUCAUAUGCAUCACCACCAGUUACAAGUUCCUCAAAAGAACCGAUAAUAGCACCCACCGUGUCAGUUGGCUCUGCUGGAUCACCAGCAACAAACGCACAAAAACAGCUAGCAAAUUCUACUGAAGCACACACAAAUGCAUCACUUCCAGUUACGACAACCUCAAAAGAAUCGGCAACUGCAUCAACAAUAUCAGUGGGUUCUGUUAGACCAGCAGCUAUUGGGUCAACUCUGAUAAGUAGCCCCAUCAUAACAGCCGCCAAUGGACACAUGCAGGUAGCAAGCUCUACUCAGAGAUCCACAGGUGCUACAUCACCAGUGUUGAGUUCAACAGAAAAUCAAACAUCUGUGCCAGUCGUAUCAGCAGUUUCUAUUGGAUCAGCUACAAAAGUGCCUGACCAGGCGCUAGGUUUCACUGUAGCAGUUCCAGACACAGAAAAUCAACGACCAAAUUCCACUGAACGUAGCACAAAUUCGUCACCAUCAGUCACAAGCUCCUCAAAACAACCGAUAUUUGCUCCUGUCAUACCGGCUGGUUCUUCUGGAUCAUCAGCUAGUGGACCAACUCCGAUAAACAGCUCCAUCACAACAGCCGCAAAUGGACACAAACAGCAAGCAAGUUUUACUCAGACAACCACAAAUGCUCCAUCACUGGCAGAGACUUCCUUAGAAAAACAGCCAACUGCACCAGUCAUAUCAGCGAGUUCUAUGGGAUCAACUACGAAAAGGCCUGGCCAGACGACAAGUCUCACCGAAUCAGCCACAAACUCACAAAGGCAGGGGGGAAAUAAUACUGAAGCACCAACCAAUCCAUUACCAACAGUUCUAAGUUCCUCUAAAGAACCGAUAUCGGCGCCUGUCAUAUCAGCUGAAUCUUCUCAACCAGUAGCUAGUGGAACAACCCACACAACCAGUUCAGUUCCUUCACCUGCAAAUGGACAAAAACAUGUGGUAAGUUCUGUACAGAGAUCCACAAGUGCUCCACCACCAGUUGUGAGUUCCUCAGAAAGACAAACAAUUGAACCAGUCGUAUCAGCAAGUUCUGCUGUAUUAGCAACAAAAAAACCUGACCAGGUGACCACUUUCACAGGAGCAGCACCAAAUGCGCAAAAGCAACGAGCAAAUUCUACUGAUGCAUACUCAUAUGCAUCACCACCAGUUACAAGUUCCUCAAAAGAACCGAUAAUACCACCCACCGUGUCAGUUGGCUCUGCUGGAUCACCAGCAACAAACGCACAAAAACAGCUAGCAAAUUCUACUGAAGCACACACAAAUGCAUCACUUCCAGUUACGACAACCUCAAAAGAAUCGGCAACUGCACCAACAAUAUCAGUGGGUUCUGUUAGACCAGCAGCUAUUGGGUCAACUCUGAUAAGUAGCCCCAUCAUAACAGCCGCCAAUGGACACAUGCAGGUAGCAAGCUCUACUCAGAGAUCCACAGGUGCUACAUCACCAGUGUUGAGUUCAACAGAAAAUCAAACAUCUGUGCCAGUCGUAUCAGCAGUUUCUAUUGGAUCAGCUACAAAAGUGCCUGACCAGGCGCUAGGUUUCACUGGAGCAGUUCCAGACACAGAAAAUCAACGACCAAAUUCCACUGAACGUAGCACAAAUUCGUCACCAUCAGUCACAAGCUCCUCAAAACAACCGAUAUUUGCUCCUGUCAUACCGGCUGGCUCUUCUGGAUCAUCAGCUAGUGGACCAACUCCGAUAAACAGCUCCAUCAUAACAGCCGCAAAUGGACACAAACAGCAAGCAAGUUUUACUCAGACAACCACAAAUGCUCCAUCACUGGCAGAGACUUCCUUAGAAAAACAGCCAACUGCACCAGUCAUAUCAGCGAGUUCUAUGGGAUCAACUACGAAAAGGCCUGGCCAGACGACAAGUCUCACCGAAGCAGCCUCAAACUCACAAAGGCCGGGGGGAAAUAAUACUGAAGCACCAACCAAUCCAUUACCAACAGUUCUAAGUUCCUCAAAAGAACCGAUAUCGGCGCCUGUCAUAUCAGCUGAAUCUUCUCAACCAGUAGCUAGUGGAACAACCCACACAACCAGUUCAGUUCCUUCACCUGCAAAUGCACAAAAACAUGUGGUAAGUUCUGUACAAAGAUCCACAAGUGCUCCACCACCAGUUGUGAGUUCCUCAGAAAGACAAACAAUUGAACCAGUCGUAUCAGCAAGUUCUGCUGUAUUAGCAACAAAAAAACCUGACCAGGCGACCACUUUCACAGGAGCAGCACCAAAUGCGCAAAAGCAACGAGCAAAUUCUACUGAUGCAUACUCAUAUGCAUCACCACCAGUUACAAGUUCCUCAAAAGAACCGAUAAUACCACCCACCGUGUCAGUUGGCUCUGCUGGAUCACCAGCAACAAACGCACAAAAACAGCUAGCAAAUUCUACUGAAGCGCACACAAAUGCAUCACUUCCAGUUACGACAACCUCAAAAGAAUCGGCAACUGCACCAACAAUAUCAGUGGGUUCUGUUAGACCAGCAGCUAUUGGGUCAACUCUGAUAAGUAGCCCCAUCAUAACAGCCGCCAAUGGACACAUGCAGGUAGCAAGCUCUACUCAGAGAUCCAUAGGUGCUACAUCACCAGUGUUGAGUUUAACAGAAAAUCAAACAUCUGUGCCAGUCGUAUCAGCAGUUUCUAUUGGAUCAGCUACAAAAGUGCCUGACCAGGCACUAGGUUUCACUGGAGCAGUUCCAGACACAGAAAAUCAACGACCAAAUUCCACUGAACGUAGCACAAAUUCGUCACCAUCAGUCACAAGCUCCUCAAAACAACCGAUAUUUGCUCCUGUCAUACCGGCUGGUUCUUCUGGAUCAUCAGCUAGUGGACCAACUCCGAUAAACAGCUCCAUCACAACAGCCGCAAAUGGACACAAACAGCAAGCAAGUUUUACUCAGACAACCACAAAUGCUCCAUCACUGGCAGAGACUUCCUUAGAAAAACAGCCAACUGCACCAGUCAUAUCAGCGAGUUCUAUGGGAUCAACUACGAAAAGGCCUGGCCAGACGACAAGUCUCACCGAAGCAGCCUCAAACUCACAAAGGCAGGGGGGAAAUAAUACUGAAGCACCAACCAAUCCAUUACCAACAGUUCUAAGUUCCUCUAAAGAACCGAUAUCGGCGCCUGUCAUAUCAGCUGAAUCUUCUCAACCAGUAGCUAGUGGAACAACCCACACAACCAGUUCAGUUCCUUCACCUGCAAAUGGACAAAAACAUGUGGUAAGUUCUGUACAGAGAUCCACAAGUGCUCCACCACCAGUUGUGAGUUCCUCAGAAAGACAAACAAUUGAACCAGUCGUAUCAGCAAGUUCUGCUGUAUUAGCAACAAAGAAACCUGACCAGGCAACCGGUUUCACAGGAGCAGCACCAAAUGCGCAAAAGCAACGAGCAAAUUCUACUGAUGCAUACUCAUAUGCAUCACCACCAGUUACAAGUUCCUCAAAAGAACCGAUAAUAGCACCCACCGUGUCAGUUGGCUCUGCUGGAUCACCAGCAACAAACGCACAAAAACAGCUAGCAAAUUCUACUGAAGCACACACAAAUGCAUCACUUCCAGUUACGACAACCUCAAAAGAAUCGGCAACUGCACCAACAAUAUCAGUGGGUUCUGUUAGACCAGCAGCUAUUGGGUCAACUCUGAUAAGUAGCCCCAUCAUAACAGCCGCCAAUGGACACAUGCAGGUAGCAAGCUCUACUCAGAGAUCCACAGGUGCUACAUCACCAGUGUUGAGUUCAACAGAAAAUCAAACAUCUGUGCCAGUCGUAUCAGCAGUUUCUAUUGGAUCAGCUACAAAAGUGCCUGACCAGGCGCUAGGUUUCACUGUAGCAGUUCCAGACACAGAAAAUCAACGACCAAAUUCCACUGAACGUAGCACAAAUUCGUCACCAUCAGUCACAAGCUCCUCAAAACAACCGAUAUUUGCUCCUGUCAUACCGGCUGGUUCUUCUGGAUCAUCAGCUAGUGGACCAACUCCGAUAAACAGCUCCAUCACAACAGCCGCAAAUGGACACAAACAGCAAGCAAGUUUUACUCAGACAACCACAAAUGCUCCAUCACUGGCAGAGACUUCCUUAGAAAAACAGCCAACUGCACCAGUCAUAUCAGCGAGUUCUAUGGGAUCAACUACGAAAAGGCCUGGCCAGACGACAAGUCUCACCGAAGCAGCCUCAAACUCACAAAGGCAGGGGGGAAAUAAUACUGAAGCACCAACCAAUCCAUUACCAACAGUUCUAAGUUCCUCAAAACAACCGAUAUCGGCGCCUGUCAUAUCAGCUGAAUCUUCUCAACCAAGAUCCACAAGUGCUCCACCACCAGUUGUGAGUUCCUCAGAAAGACAAACAAUUGAACCAGUCGUAUCAGCAAGUUCUGCUGUAUUAGCAACAAAAAAACCUGACCAGGCGACCACUUUCACAGGAGCAGCACCAAAUGCGCAAAAACAACGAGCAAAUUCUACUGAUGCAUACUCAUAUGCAUCACCACCAGUUACAAGUUCCUCAAAAGAACCGAUAAUACCACCCACCGUGUCAGUUGGCUCUGCUGGAUCACCAGCAACAAACGCACAAAAACAGCUAGCAAAUUCUACUGAAGCACACACAAAUGCAUCACUUCCAGUUACGACAACCUCAAAAGAAUCGGCAACUGCACCAACAAUAUCAGUGGGUUCUGUUAGACCAGCAGCUAUUGGGUCAACUCUGAUAAGUAGCCCCAUCAUAACAGCCGCCAAUGGACACAUGCAGGUAGCAAGCUCUACUCAGAGAUCCACAGGUGCUACAUCACCAGUGUUGAGUUCAACAGAAAAUCAAACAUCUGUGCCAGUCGUAUCAGCAGUUUCUAUUGGAUCAGCUACAAAAGUGCCUGACCAGGCGCUAGGUUUCACUGGAGCAGUUCCAGACACAGAAAAUCAACGACCAAAUUCCACUGAACGUAGCACAAAUUCGUCACCAUCAGUCACAAGCUCCUCAAAACAACCGAUAUUUGCUCCUGUCAUACCGGCUGGUUCUUCUGGAUCAUCAGCUAGUGGACCAACUCCGAUAAACAGCUCCAUCACAACAGCCGCAAAUGGACACAAACAGCAAGCAAGUUUUACUCAGACAACCACAAAUGCUCCAUCACUGGCAGAGACUUCCUUAGAAAAACAGCCAACUGCACCAGUCAUAUCAGCGAGUUCUAUGGGAUCAACUACGAAAAGGCCUGGCCAGACGACAAGUCUCACCGAAUCAGCCUCAAACUCACAAAGGCAGGGGGGAAAUAAUACUGAAGCACCAACCAAUCCAUUACCAACAGUUCUAAGUUCCUCUAAAGAACCGAUAUCGGCGCCUGUCAUAUCAGCUGAAUCUUCUCAACCAGUAGCUAGUGGAACAACCCACACAACCAGUUCAGUUCCUUCACCUGCAAAUGGACAAAAACAUGUGGUAAGUUCUGUACAGAGAUCCACAAGUGCUCCACCACCAGUUGUGAGUUCCUCAGAAAGACAAACAAUUGAACCAGUCGUAUCAGCAAGUUCUGCUGUAUUAGCAACAAAAAAACCUGACCAGGCGACCACUUUCACAGGAGCAGCACCAAAUGCGCAAAAGCAACGAGCAAAUUCUACUGAUGCAUACUCAUAUGCAUCACCACCAGUUACAAGUUCCUCAAAAGAACCGAUAAUACCACCCACCGUGUCAGUUGGCUCUGCUGGAUCACCAGCAACAAACGCACAAAAACAGCUAGCAAAUUCUACUGAAGCACACACAAAUGCAUCACUUCCAGUUACGACAACCUCAAAAGAAUCGGCAACUGCACCAACAAUAUCAGUGGGUUCUGUUAGACCAGCAGCUAUUGGGUCAACUCUGAUAAGUAGCCCCAUCAUAACAGCCGCCAAUGGACACAUGCAGGUAGCAAGCUCUACUCAGAGAUCCACAGGUGCUACAUCACCAGUGUUGAGUUCAACAGAAAAUCAAACAUCUGUGCCAGUCGUAUCAGCAGUUUCUAUUGGAUCAGCUACAAAAGUGCCUGACCAGGCGCUAGGUUUCACUGUAGCAGUUCCAGACACAGAAAAUCAACGACCAAAUUCCACUGAACGUAGCACAAAUUCGUCACCAUCAGUCACAAGCUCCUCAAAACAACCGAUAUUUGCUCCUGUCAUACCGGCUGGUUCUUCUGGAUCAUCAGCUAGUGGACCAACUCCGAUAAACAGCUCCAUCACAACAGCCGCAAAUGGACACAAACAGCAAGCAAGUUUUACUCAGACAACCACAAAUGCUCCAUCACUGGCAGAGACUUCCUUAGGAAAACAGCCAACUGCACCAGUCAUAUCAGCGAGUUCUAUGGGAUCAACUACGAAAAGGCCUGGCCAGACGACAAGUCUCACCGAAGCAGCCUCAAACUCACAAAGGCAGGGGGGAAAUAAUACUGGAGCACCAACCAAUCCAUUACCAACAGUUCUAAGUUCCUCAAAACAAACGAUAUCGGCGCCUGUCAUAUCAGCUGAAUCUUCUCAACCAGUAGCUAGUGGAACAACCCACACAACCAGUUCAGUUCCUUCACCUGCAAAUGGACAAAAACAUGUGGUAAGUUCUGUACAGAGAUCCACAAGUGCUCCACCACCAGUUGUGAGUUCCUCAGAAAGACAAACAAUUGAACCAGUCGUAUCAGCAAGUUCUGCUGUAUUAGCAACAAAAAAACCUGACCAGGCGACCACUUUCACAGGAGCAGCACCAAAUGCACAAAAACAACGAGCAAAUUCUACUGAUGCAUACUCAUAUGCAUCACCACCAGUUACAAGUUCCUCAAAAGAACCGAUAAUACCACCCACCGUGUCAGUUGGCUCUGCUGGAUCACCAGCAUCAAACGCACAAAAACAGCUAGCAAAUUCUACUGAAGCACACACAAAUGCAUCACUUCCAGUUACGACAACCUCAAAAGAAUCGGAAACUGCACCAGCAAUAUCAGUGGGUUCUGUUAGACCAGCAGCUAUUGGGUCAACUCUGAUAAGUAGCUCCAUCAUAACAGCCGCCAAUGGACACAUGCAGGUAGCAAGCUCUAGUCAGAGAUCUACAGGUUCUACAUCACCAGUGUUGAGUUCAACAGAAAAUCAAACAUCUGUGCCAGUCGUAUCAGCAGUUUCUAUUGGAUCAGCUACAAAAGUGCCUGACCAGGCGCUAGGUUUCACUGGAGCAGUUCCAGACACAGAAAAUCAACGACCAAAUUCCACUGAACGUAGCACAAAUUCGUCACCAUCAGUCACAAGCUCCUCAAAACAACCGAUAUUUGCUCCUGUCAUACCGGCUGGUUCUUCUGGAUCAUCAGCUAGUGGACCAACUCCGAUAAACAGCUCCAUCACAACAGCCGCAAAUGGACACAAACAGCAAGCAAGUUUUACUCAGACAACCACAAAUGCUCCAUCACUGGCAGAGACUUCCUUAGGAAAACAGCCAACUGCUCCAGUCAUAUCAGCGAGUUCUAUGGGAUCAACUACGAAAAGGCCUCGCCAGACGACAAGUCUCACCGAAGCAGCCUCAAACUCACAAAGGCAGGGGGGAAAUAAUACUGAAGCACCAACCAAUCCAUUACCAACAGUUCUAAGUUCCUCUAAAGAACCGAUAUCGGCGCCUGUCAUAUCAGCUGAAUCUUCUCAACCAGUAGCUAGUGGAACAACCCACACAACCAGUUCAGUUCCUUCACCUGCAAAUGGACAAAAACAUGUGGUAAGUUCUGUACAGAGAUCCACAAGUGCUCCACCACCAGUUGUGAGUUCCUCAGAAAGACAAACAAUUGAACCAGUCGUAUCAGCAAGUUCUGCUGUAUUAGCAACAAAAAAACCUGACCAGGUGACCACUUUCGCAGGAGCAGCACCAAAUGCGCAAAAGCAACGAGCAAAUUCUACUGAUGCAUACUCAUAUGCAUCACCACCAGUUACAAGUUCCUCAAAAGAACCGAUAAUACCACCCACCGUGUCAGUUGGCUCUGCUGGAUCACCAGCAUCAAACGCACAAAAACAGCUAGCAAAUUCUACUGAAGCACACACAAAUGCAUCACUUCCAGUUACGACAACCUCAAAAGAAUCGGAAACUGCACCAGCAAUAUCAGUGGGUUCUGUUAGACCAGCAGCUAUUGGGUCAACUCUGAUAAGUAGCCCCAUCAUAACAGCCGCCAAUGGACACAUGCAGGUAGCAAGCUCUACUCUGAGAUCUACAGGUUCUACAUCACCAGUGUUGACUUCAACAGAAAAUCAAACAUCUGUGCCAGUCGUAUCAGCAGUUUCUAUUGGAUCAGCUACAAAAGUGCCUGACCAGGCGCUAGGUUUCACUGGAGCAGUUCCAGACACAGAAAAUCAACGACCAAAUUCCACGGAACGUAGCACAAAUUCGUCACCAUCAGUCACAAGCUCCUCAAAACAACCGAUAUUUGCUCCUGUCAUACCGGCUGGUUCUUCUGGAUCAUCAGCUAGUGGACCAACUCCGAUAAACAGCUCCAUCACAACAGCCGCAAAUGGACACAAACAGCAAGCAAGUUUUACUCAGACAACCACAAAUGCUCCAUCACUGGCAGAGACUUCCUUAGGAAAACAGCCAACUGCACCAGUCAUAUCAGCGAGUUCUAUGGGAUCAACUACGAAAAGGCCUGGCCAGACGACAAGUCUCACCGAAGCAGCCUCAAACUCACAAAGGCAGGGGGGAAAUAAUACUGAAGCACCAACCAAUCCAUUACCAACAGUUCUAAGUUCCUCUAAAGAACCGAUAUCGGCGCCUGUCAUAUCAGCUGAAUCUUCUCAACCAGUAGCUAGUGGAACAACCCACACAACCAGUUCAGUUCCUUCACCUGCAAAUGGACAAAAACAUGUGGUAAGUUCUGUACAGAGAUCCACAAGUGCUCUACCACCAGUUGUGAGUUCCUCAGAAAGACAAACAAUUGAACCAGUCGUAUCAGCAAGUUCUGCUGUAUUAGCAACAAAAAAACCUGACCAGGCGACCGGUUUCACAGGAGCAGCACCAAAUGCGCAAAAGCAACGAGCAAAUUCUACUGAUGCAUACUCAUAUGCAUCACCACCAGUUACAAGUUCCUCAAAAGAACCGAUAAUAGCACCCACCGUAUCAGCUGGCUCUGCUGGAUCACCAGCUAGUGGAUCAGUCCUGACACCUAGCUCCAUCGUAUCAGCCGCAAAUGGGGAAAAAGAAUCAGGAAGUUUUGCUCAAGCAGCCACCAACGCUUUCCCAGCAGUCGGGAGAUUGCCGAAACGACCGACAACUACGACUGUCGCCUCAGCCUUUUCUACCGGCUCGAUAAUGAGUGGAGAAGCCCACAUUACAAUUUCCACUGAAGCAGCAACAAACGUACGAAACCCAGCAGCAAGUUCUACUCAAACAUCCACAAAUGCUCCCUCACUUUUGGUGAGUUCCUCAGAAAAGCCAAAUACUGGCGCAGUCAUUUCAGCAGGUGCUACUGGAUCAGCAACAAGAGCACCUGAACAAAUGACAGGUUUCACCGAAGAAGCCACAAACGGACAAGAGCAGCGACACAAUUCCACUGAAGGUUACACAAUCGCACCAAAACCCAUUACAAGUUUAUCAAAAGAACCGAUAACGGCACCUAUCAUAUCAGCUAAUUCCGCUGGAUCAGCGCCUAGUGGAUCAAUCGAUACAACCAUCUCUGCCAUAACAGUCGCAAAUGGUCUAAAACACACAGCAGGCUCUAUUCAGACAUCUACAAACGCUCCACCGCUAGAGGCAAGUGGACACAAUCUGGUAGCAAGCUCAACUCAGAAAUCCACAAGUGCUGGAUCACCCGUGUUGAGUUCCUCAAAAAAUCAAACAUCUUCGCCAGUCGUAUCAGCAAUUUCUAGUGGAUCAGUUACAAAAGUGCCUGACCAGGCGCUAGGUUUCCAUGGAGCAAUUCCAGACACUGAAAAUCAACGACCAAAUUCCACUGAACGUAGCACAAAUUCGUCACCAUCAGUCACAAGCUCCUCAAAACAACCGAUAUUUGCUCCUGUAAUACCAGCUGGUUCUUCUGGAUCAUCAGCUAGUGGACCAACUCCGAUAAACAGCUCCAUCACGACAGCCGCAAAUGGACACAAACAGCAAGCUAGUUCUACUCAGACAACCACGAAUGCUACGUCACCGGCAGAGACUUUCUUAGAAGAACAACCAACUGCACCAGUCAUAUCAGCGAGUUCAAUGGGAUCAACUACGAAAGGCCUGGCCAGACGACAAGUAUCACCGAAGCAGCCUCAAACUCACAAAAGCAGGAGGAAAAUAAUACUGAAGCACCAACCAAUCCAUUACCAACAGUUAUAA